AUUAGACAAUGUCUUUAUUCAAAAAGAAAGGAAAGAAAGCCAGGAAGGGCAAGAAAGAGGAGAACAAGAAUAAUUCUGUCAAGCACACAUCUAAGCCCAGCUUUGACCCAGAUGAAGAGGAUGAAGAAGAUAUUUUAAACUCUCUAGGUAUCAACAAGAAGAAGUCUAUCGUUAAAAAGACCAAACAUAAGCUUAAUAAAAUAAAUUAUGAUGAAGAAGAAAACUCAAAGAAUGUGUACAUCCCCAAGAAAACUAAAAGUAUGGCAAAUGAAUCUGCAUUUACCAGUGUUUAUGGGCAAAAUAAUCAGGGAGAUAAUUCUCAUAAUGAGGAUGCUAGGCCAACUUAUUCUUCUGGAGAGCUUGAGAAGCUUAAGGAUUCACAAUUUCAGUCUAACAAGACUGCUUCAGAACAUAUUCAGAUGUUAGAAGCUAAAGCUGAGGCCUACCAAACUGAUGAGAGCGCAAUGCCACCUCCUGACAAGAUUGAAAAUGAAGAAUUCACCCACGACGAACAAGACAAAAUGAAGAAAAUCAUUGAUGUUAGGAAGAAAAAGAAACUCGCAGAAUCUGGUCUUGCAAUGAACACCAAAAAGGCUGAAUUCCUUGCUCCAAAAGAUGUUCAAAUGGCAGAAGAAGACAUCUCUGAUCUCAAGCAAGGCAUUCAGGAUAUCUAUACCAUAAAUACUGAUAGAAAUGAAGUCCUGCUUGAAGACUUUGGAGAUGGAGAAAGCUGGAUUGAUAACCAAUUACAAAACGCUCUUGGAGCUGGGAACCACGACUCUGAUGAGCAUAUGAUAUCCUUAUAUAACUCUUCAACGAAUGAAGUGACAUUCACAGAUAGUUCAGAAAUGAGAUCCAUUAAGUUCAGCAUGGGAAAAUCAAUCGAAGAAUACCAAGGAGACCUAGAAUACGAAGUUAGUAAGCUAGAAACCUCUAUCACUAACAAAAAGAGCAUGCUUGCAUCAAUUGAAAAAGGGAUCAAAUCUCAUGAAAAAGAAAUAGAAGAUUCCUCCAAAAUGAUCCAAGAAAGCACACAGGGGUUUAAACUUCUCAUGGAGUUUGCAGAAGCAUUGGAAGACCUCACUGAACUUAUGGACGAAAAGCAAAAGGAAAUUGAUAAUGUCUAUCAUAACUUAAAAUUAGUUGAGAGUCAGCAUUUGGAAAUCUGUGAAGAUGUCAAAAAGAAAGACACCACCUCGCAAAGUUCAAUGGGAAACAAAAAGGCAGGACUAGGGUUUACAACAAGGCCUCAAAUAAUGCACAGCGCUGUGAAUUCAAUCAGAGUCUUAGAAAAAGAGCACCAAAAAGAUAUAGAAGCUGCUCAAAGCACUAUAAAAGAUAUUCUAAGUAAAGUAAAAGAAGAGUACAAGUAUCCACAAACUCUGCUGGAAACAAUAAAACAGGUCUAUCAAAGCUAUACUUCAACAGAAGGUUUCCCAUUUGAUUUUGAUAUUAGAGAUACCUUUGACAUUCUUUUACCAUAUGUCAAACUAAAUUUGAUAGAGAAUUACACUAUAAGAGAGUCAACAGGGUCUAUUACCUCAAUCACAAAUCCAACAAAGUUAAAACAGUACUUGCUUUCCUCCUCAAAUCCAUACUACUCCUUUACAGAGGAGUGAAAAUCCCUUUUGGGUAAAGAAAGUGUAAAAGAGUCGUCAAAAAUAGAUCAGCUGUGGAUAAAUAUUGUAACUAGUCUGCUUUCAGGAUCCUAG